AGUUAUAAAUAUAACCUGUAACAUUCUGUGAAUAUUGAAUCCCAAUACGCUUCCAGGAAAACACAUUAAACAUGGGGGAAAAAAAACAACCUCUCUCUAAAGUUGCUCAUGUGUCCUCGGUUAACUCGAUGUUUCUUCACUUCUUUAUUUGCCACCUUGGUGGGCAUUUACAUGAGCUUUGCAAGCUCCACUGGGCAGCAGGUAGUAGUGAUGCAAUAUGCAGGCUACCAUUAUUGACUGUAUGUCUGUCUGCAGCCUGUCAAUCAACACGUCUCUGUGGGGCUGUUGUGACUAACAACAGCCCUGCACUGACAGCAUGAACGCAGUAUAGGGCACAUUUCUGUCACUCUCGCGCAUGCUGUCUGAUAUUAUGACAAUUUGUUCUGGCUUUGAUUUCAUAUUGGUAAAUUCGUUACUUAGUUAUCCUUCUUUAUAUUAUUGAAGUGUUUAAAUUACUAUUCUGGGGAACCUGUCAUAAAAUUCCCCAAAAAUAUAUAAGGGUGUUGUUAUUGGCUCAAACUUAGAUGUGAUUCUUUUUUAAAAGUACUGGUUCGGGCACCGUUGAAGUAGUGGCAGCAGUAUCGGAUAAAACGGAAACGAUACCCAACUCUUAAGACUUCACCAUCUCUGAUGCAACUUAUUUUGUGAACAGAUAUUUAUAUUGGACUUUUUUGUACAUUCAACAAAAAUGUAGUUCUUGGAUAUGGGGAGACAACAAACCAAGAGUUCAGAACAGACGCAAAGUGGUGUAAACCAGGGGUCGGCAAUCUUUACUAUUAAAGGGCCAUUUUGCCCUCUCUUUUUCGGCUGCAGCCACAAAACAUAACACGGCUUACAAACGUUUAAUCUUUCAUGCGUGUGCAGGGCUGCACUGCGGGGAUGACCACUGUUACACGUGCAGUGCUUACUACUUUUCACAAAAUGUUGAUUGCUUGUUUUGAAAAUGUCUUUCAAAACACCACAUAUCAAGCAUACAGGUAAGAGAGCAUUGACAAAGAAGACAGGAAUCUGUCCAUGCAGAAUUAAACUCUUACUUUCUUCUGAAAUGUUUCAUCUUUGGCGUUCAUGAGUAUGUUACCGCAGGGGAAAACAGACGUCUCGCUCGCAGCCCACCGCAUGCAGGCAGGCAGGCACACAGUGGCUUCCCCCUUUCUUUCCCUUGCUUAUCCAGUCACCAGUCAGAAUUCAGCCAGGAUUCAUUCACUGACUUACAAAUAGUCGCAUAUUUUUUUAUUCAUUUAAUAAAAUGCGCAUUUUCUCCACUCUGGUAUUAAAAAAAUAUUUGACAUCUGUGAAGCGAGUCGCAACAAAGAGGCUAAAAAGCCACAGGUUGCUGACCCCUGGUCUAAACAGUAUUUUACGCAACAAGCAAGACAUGGUUGGUUCUUUGUCCCGUUUAAUGAAUUAUAUCUCCUUCAAAGAAGCCGUAAUAGCAAACAGGUCACAUAAUUUAGACUGCAACUGGGGAAAGUAAUUCCAUAAGCUUAGUGUCGCCUUGUCCAUUCCACGUCCAUCGUGCAAGCAAGUUUGCAAUCAUUGUUGGAGCGCUCGCUUGUAAUGUGUGCUGCUAAGCAGAAGUAGAAGUUAUGUUGCAAUCAUCAUUCUGCUUUCGUACUCCAAAUACCUCAGUCACUUUUGUCCUAUUUUGGUUGUUUCAUGCGUUUCCAACUUCUGGCUGUCUCGUAUUUCUUAUCAGGCUACUCCCCUCGCUCCUCUUCCUUCUCGUGCUUUGCCUCAUCUUGGCCGCCUCGUAUACUUUGGUUUAAUCAAAUACGUCUGGAAGCCUCGCGUGGCUUUUGAUGUGCUUCACAGAGCAGCUGGGCUGAAGCUUGACUCGCCUACAUUGUCAACGCUUCCUGUCUCUCCUCGACCGGUAUCUCUCUUCCUGUUUGCACCUGCAGCACUGGCCUGGACUUUAAACACAGUUUAUCCUCCUCCAUCCUCAAAAUGAUUCCUUCAAAUGUUUCCUUCCUUCAUCCUCUCUGUCUACAACCGAUAGCUUUUUACGGUUUAUAUGGUAAUACUUGACCUUUAAGGCUGUACAAAGCUCCUUUUAUCUGCUUAAUUCCGCCUGCGACACAACUUGCUUGUAAUAUCAGUUGUUUUUUACUUUACCUAACUGCUAAUCUGAGUUUAGUGUUAAGUGUACUGUACACUGAAGUGUACUGAAUGUGCUAUGAUGGGAUAUGAAUCAUUGUUAAAGAGCUCUAGUCGACACUUGACAGAAACAACUCUGAGACAAGAAACUUAUCAAUUCCUGACUUCCACAUCGAACCCAAGCCACAUUGUUUUCCAGCAAGCAGUUUUUCUUGCAUGAACCUAAAUCUCAUUAUUUUUCAAGUGAUUUUCAAGAAGAUGUUUCCCUGUAUGUACCUAUUACCUUUUUCCAUUCAUCUCUUUCUCCACCCGUCUCUCUCCUUCCAGUCAUGUGAUGUGACAAUCUGCACAGCACUCCCAACCUCUCCUGCAUCUGUCUUAUUCUGCCUGUGGCUCUCUGCCUUUUUGCAUUUUUCUCUUGAGUACCGCUCCUUUGCAAGCCAGACUGACACCAUUUCUUGUCACACAGCUUCCCUGAGAAUCUUAAGCCUGAACUUAUAUUCUCCUCCAGUGUUAAUUCUUUCUUCCACCUGCCAUUUUGUUGCCCUCUCUCCCUUGUAGCACAACUGCUGCUGUUGUCUUAAUGGCAACGACAACCUGCUUUGUGCCUCGUCUAUUGUGGGUCACAGCUGGAGGGCUUGUUAAAGUGGAACUUAGCAGUUCUUUGCCACUGGACACAUAAUCAUAGCCUUUUCUUUUAAUGUUAGGGAUGAGAACACUUAAUUAAAUCAAACACUUAAAGGUGCUGCAAAUUACACUUUUUCCACCCAAAAAUAUAAGAACACCAAUAGUGCUUUCAGAGAACAGACUGUACAAAAAUAUAUUGUCAUUUGUUGUCGUGGCGUUAAUGGCUGUCACUCACUCAAUGCUCAUGCACAGGCCUGUAGUGUUCACGCACAUACACGUACACAUACACACAGUCUCAUUGAUGCUGCCGACAAUUAGCAGUCAUGGCUGAGCAAGAAGCAGGCAGGGAUAUAGUAUGUUCGAAUGCUAGCACCCCCAUUGUAGAACCUAACCAUGAGAGACAGCACCUUUAAUGUAUUUGGCCAAUGUUUCCAAGUAUAAGGUAGGGCUGCAAAAAAUAUGAACAACCAUUUUCUUGCUAAGAAUUAAGAUUUCGAUUCUCUGUGAGGUGAUUUUUUUUUAUGCAUGCACACACACACACACACACACACACACACACACACCAUUUUCAUUGUUUUAAAAGCAAAAUCAGAGUUUUUUUAUAUUGGUAAUUAUCAGACUCCUCAACUUCCAGUAAUCUUUCUGCCAUUUUUCAUGGAUGCCCCAGGACAGGACAGUUGACAGGGGGCUUACUUGAUAGAAAUGAAUAAAAGACUGAAAAUAAUACAUCAAGUCAAAAACAUGGCACACUCUCUCACUUGGCAGUAGAUUUAUGCCAUAAGAAAAGUCAAUUAAUGCGGUCGCUCCUCCCGUGAGCUGAUGAGUGAUAACCGGCGAGCCACGCCGGCCUGGGCUGCGGAGCCAACACUCCCUGGCCGGCGAGGCUUGCUGGAGGACAGGCAGUGUGAGAAGUAAGUGUCUGCCAUCAAUAACAGUGCAGGACGAAUCCUAUUGCAAGAUUUUUCAAUUUUUGGGCAGCCUUACUAUUUAGGAUAUACAUAGUGCAGCCUCUUAAUUUAUGCUUUAAGAGCCUGUGCCUCCUUUCAUAACGUGCUUACGGCCAUCCUUGUCCUCCAGUUCCCUUGCUUGACCGUCUGUGCUCAGUCUUGUUGUACCCGGAUGAAGGGUUGAAGGCAUCAGUCGUCUACGUGUUUCUCAAGAUGUUGGGGAGCGCUGGGGGAUCGGCAGCCCACUCCCUGCCCAUCACCCUCAGGGACAGAGUGUGCGUCCUGUUGCUGCAGACCUUUGCCAGUGCCAGCUCCCCCCAGCUUAUCAACAAUAGCAUUGCUCUGUUGUGGCUUCUUGUGCAGUGGGGAGAGGCAGUGUCAGUUCUUAUGAGUAACACUGAUGUUCAGUUCAUGACCAGCCAGAAUCAGAACAGCCACAUCAACAACAGCCAGAACCAAGAGCAACAGACUCCUGACCACUGCCAUCUGCCUCUCAUCCUGAAAAAGCUGCUGCUGAGUGGUGAUGAGGCUCUGCACGUGACCGGUGCAAAGUGCAUAGCAUCUAUUCUGGUUCAUUCUCCCGGUCACUACAGUGCUGCUUUUAUCAAAGCUGAUGUACCAGAGUUUCUAUUUGACCGUCUGGCGAGCACAAAUAGUGAGGUAUUGCUGUGGUCGAUCUACAGCUGCUUGGUGUUACUGGUUGAAGACCCGCUAUUUUUCUCCCAGUGUCACUCAGUCUAUGGCAUUGAAUCCCUGGUGCGCAGUCUGAAACAGGCACUGCAGCUGGCCAACGUCGAUGUGCUGAAACAAGGAUUUUUGCUGCUUACUGAGAUAUUGGAAAGGCAGCCCCCAAAUGUGCGUUUAUUCCUCAGGGCACAGGGGUUUAUGGCUGUAUCACAGACUGUGAUAGCUGGACUCUCCUCCUCCUGCCUGCGAGUGGCCACACAAGCUGCAAAUGCUGCCUCCGCCCUCUUUAGACUUCACCACCAGUCCAGGCCUGUCCAGUACAAGGAGUUACAAGAACUGGUAGUCGCCAUCACUAACAGAUUCAACGAGCUUCCCUUAUACUCCUCUGGUCAACGUCGACGUAUUGGUAGUCAGAAGAAGUCAGACCACAGCAGCCUGGCCUCUCGGGCAGGAGGAUUUCAGCUGCAGUCCCUGCUCUGUUUUCAGACAGCUUGCAGAUUGGCUGAGGAGUGUGCAUCAGAUCCUGUUCUGAAGGAGAACACGUUCACCGCUCCAUCACAGCACAGCCAUGACCAGGACUCACUGGAGUCUCUGUGCCAAUGCCUGCUGCGCUGCUGUGACUCCGUCUGGAUACCCACCAUUGUUAGGAUGUGCGAAUGUGCACCAAAUCCUCAGAUAUUGCAGGCCUUCUACUCAAUUCUCUGCUCCCAGUUCACUCUCCUUCCAUCUCUCAUGCCAGUCUUUGCAACGAAGAUGGCAUCCUCUGGUUUCUACAGGCUGGCUUUGGAACACAAAGGGAUUUUCUGUGUCGGAAGCAGGAACACACAUUUGAAUGCAGCUUGCUGUGAUUUCCUACAGAAACUCAGUAUGUGUCUGCUCUCCCAAUCAAGUCCUGCUUCUGGUGCCAACCAGCAGGAUGCGGAAGAAGUGGAGAAUCUCUUGCAGUACAAUCUCCCUUCUCUGUGCUGUGGCAUCCCAGACUGGCCCUCUCUGCUGUGCCAGUCUCCAGGGCUCCUACUGUGUGAUUAUAAAGGACCAAGAGCCACUCAGUACUGCCUAGUGAUAAUACUCCACCUCGCCCUGCAGCAAGGAGACAGGCUACUCCCAGAUCUGACAGUGUUUUCCAGUGUCGUGUGGCUCUUGCGUUCCGUGCAGGAGGAAGGCAGCUCAACCAUCCCUACCUGUGUUCUGCGGUCUGCCCUUUACUUACUGUCGGUGACACAUGACAAGAGCAUCACACUUGAGGGGGCUCCUUUGAAGUGCAUCAGCACGGCACUCUCCUCCUGUCAAAGCUUCUCAUCCCUCUACAUUCACCAUUCUGCCCUCCUCCACUUCAUUUGUUGCCAUCCGCUGCUUGAAAAGCAAUUUGGAGCCCCGACUUUGGACCUUUGGUUGACCAAACAGGCACAGUUCACAGAUGCAGAUCUCACCGUGACAGGCAGACAUGUUAAGGACAAAAGAAAAAGAUGCGAUGGCGAACAAGAACAAGAGCCAGACACAGAAAUUGUGGAGCUUCUAUCUGUGGUAGAGAAGUACCCAGCUGUCAUCCUGACCCUCCUGGACAUGGUUUGCACCAGGGAGGCUGCCUUCGCAGAGCGAGCGCUGUCAGUUCUGACAGUUCUCUUGGAUGGUCACAGUGACUUUGAGGCAGACUUGUGUACCAGUUUGAAAACAGCCCUACUCCAGGCCUUGCAGAGGCUCAGUGUGGAGAGUAUGGGCCAUGGCCAUGGACAGAAUCACACUGAAGAAGUGAAUUCACUCCCUCUGGUGCUGAGGUUGCUUUGUGUAACUCAUACCAGCAACCCACCUUCCCCCCGCUGCAGCAAGAUGGACGGAGUGCACUUCAAGCUGCUCUACCAUGUGAGUAAUAUUACAGCGAGGCUGAGCCCGUCCAACACCGAGAGUCUGCUGCCUGCCCUCAGCUACCUGUACUGCUGCCUUAGUCUCUCUCCUGAAUACUGCAAUGACAAAGCUGUCUCCAUGCUGCUCUCUAACUGUGGACUGAUGGAGCAGCUUCAGACCAUCCUGUCUUCCUCCCCCCCCUCUGCGCCAUUUGUCUCCUCUUCAGCUGGUCCUUCCUCUGCCUUGCUGUGUGUCAGUCAUCUACUCUUGUCCUCGCUCAUCACCUUGCAGCAUGUGCACUGCACACAGGUUCACAAAAGCCUCAGUUGGAGCCUGGACAGAACUGUGCAGCGAAUCCUUAUUCAGAAGGGGAACACAGACAAUCUCUUACUCGUCAGUUACCUGAGAUUGCUGGAGGCCUUACUCAACGUUGACCUGACCUCAGCAGUAAUGUGUGUGAGCAGUAGUCCUGGCUUGGUUGGACAAACACCCUUCGAAGUUGAAGAUGGAGAAUUGUUCCCACUUGGCUCCAGAGGGGCUCAGUGCCUCUCAAUCGCUCUCAGUGGACUUAUCUUACAGAAGCAUGAACUACUACUACGAGCCUCUGUCAACUGCCUGAGUUCGUUGCUUGGCUUCCUGCAUAGGAAGAGUCCCAAGACAGCCACAUAUGUCGUUUGUCAACCGUGGAGUCGAUUCCUCCUCUACUGCCUGCACAGCUCAGGAGAGAGCUGCCUCCUGCACCCCGCCAUUCUCAGAGUUAUCACACUUCUCAUGCGGCACGGCAGCAUGGUCGUGCUGUGGGAGCCUGACUUGCUCCAGGUGAUAGAUGCAGUAGAGAGGAAAGGGGUAAAGACGCUCAGCCAUGAAGCAUCACAAGCCCUCAGGCUACUUCUCACACAGAUCCAGAGUGGUGUCUUGCAGCCUCCGCCCACAGAGGAACACAAGCAGAGAGUGAGGCGUGUGAUGCAGUCCCUGGACUCAGUGCCCCCCUCUGAGAGCCCCAUUUUGCCCAGCAACAUCCUACGUGUUGGCGGGGUGCCCAUCUGUCUGUCUGACUUCGCCGUGAUCAUAGAUUGAUCCUUUUAAUAUGUGACAUGUUAAGUUGGAAAGUAUUCAGCCAUCCAUCCUAUUAUUCAAGACUUUUCUCUUGAGAUGUACUUUGCGUGUUCUGUUGUUCAAAGCGGUGUUUGCAGAGAGGAGGGAAUAACACGCUGUUGUUCACUGAAAGCAUCGUUUAGACACUUAAUUCCAUCCAUCACUUUGUAUCAACAGUAGUUUUAUUACUUCCAUUUGUAAGACAGCCAAGACCUUCUACGUCCCAUUAGGCUUCAAGGAUGUCAAAUGUUUUGUGUAUUUUAGAUAUUUGGAUUCUACCUCAGAUAGUGACUGUUUUACAUUUAGGAGUUGCCAAGGUGAAAUACAUUACUUGCGCAUGCAUUACAUGUAUAGCCUAGUCAUUUUUUUCAAAUUCUGCUAAAUUAAAUACUGUCAUAAGGAAUAUGAGCAGCAGAAAUAUGACUUUACAGAAGCACAAAUCACUUAAAUUGAUGCAUCAACGCUGAGGUUACUGCACACGACCUACACUUUGUAAUCAGGCAGCCAUGCCAAAAAGCUGUUUGCCACACUAUGCAGGCCUGUUUAAUUAUGUUGACAUGUGCGAUGAAUGUCAUGGGAGCCAAUGGGGAACUGUAAGACAUCUCCAGGUUCUACAUAAAACAAAAAUUCAAUUGUAAAAGCGCCUCUCUUCAUAGGUGUCUUUUAAAGAACUUAGCAACAUCUAAGUAAUUUUACUCUUAUGUAGAAAAAAAAUUAGUGAUUUAAAUGUAUCUAUUUGUAAAUGCUACUCCUUCUCUUUAGCCUGUUUUUGAAUGAGGCAAUAUUAAGAAGCUUGUCAGUGACUUUAGAGUACAUAUUGGAAUUCAAAUGUCCCUUGGUGAACCACACCUCCCCAGUGUCAGCAGCACUCAUGCAGCCCCAGACACCAACAUGCUUGACUGUAGUCAAUUAGUGCCAACUUGUGCUUCCAGCCAUUUAAGAAAUGGCUAAUGUUGCAUCACUUUCAGUGGGCAGUAAGUCUAUACUGCAAUACAAGCUGUACACAGACUGCUCAAAAGUAUAUUCAGAUAUCAUUCUGAUAGUAUUGUCUCUUAACAUAAUACAAUAGUUUGUGACAUGGUUGUUAAAAACAGGCGCAUUUCCU